UUUAGAUCUUAUUAUAGUUUCCAUAAGUUUACAUAUAAUAGAAGUCAGACUUAUUGGUCUGUAGUUGCCUGGUUCGGUUUUGUCUCCCUUUUUGUGGAUCGGUAUUACGUUUGCAAUUUUCCAGUCUGCCAGUACAACCCCUGUGUCAAGAGACUGUUGCAUCUUGGUUAGCGGUUUGUAAAUAACUUCUUUCAUUUCUUUGAGUACUACUGGGAGGAUCUCAUCCGGCUCAGUGGGUUUGUUUAUUUUAAGAGCUCCUAGUCCCUUUAACACUUCUGCCUCUGUUAUGCUAAAGUUAUUUAAAAUUGGAUAGGAACAGGUCGACAUGUGGGGCAUGUUGUCCGUCUCCUCCUUUGUAAAAACCUGUGAAAAGUAAUCAUUUAAUAUAUUUGCUAUUUUUUUUCUUCGUCUAUGAUUUUGCCAUUUGUGUCUCUUAGACAUUUAACCUCCUCUUUUGAAUGUUCUCAUUUUGGAAUUGGUUUUAUCCCCCUUAGCAAUAUUGAUUUCUAUCUCUCUCUUGGCAUUUCUAACUUCCUAUUUGACUUGUGUUUGCAGUUCCAAGUACUCUUUCUGUGUACUUUUAAACGCUCUGUAAAGUGCCUUUUUUCGCUGAAUAUUUUUUUUUAAUUGAUCUAUUAAACCAUUUUGGCCAUUUUGUUUUAGAUUUAGAUUUGUCUACUUUUGGGAUGUAAUUGUUUUGCGCCUCUAGUACUACAUUUUUAAAAAACAGCCAUCCUUUUUCUGUGGAUGUUUUCUCGUUUUACUCCAAUCUACUUCUGUUAGUCUCUGUUUCAUACCUUCAUAGUUUGCUUUUCUAAAAUUGUAAACCUUAGCUUUAGUCAUUACUUUUGGGGUUUUAAAAAACACUUCAAAUGAGACCAUGUUGUGGUCUGAGUUUGCCAAUGGCUCUCUGACCUCUGUUUUAGUUAUUCUGUCUUCAUUAUUUGAAAAGACUAAAUCAAGGCAUGCCUCCCCUCUAGUCGGUGCCUUGACAAAUUGCGUUAGGAAGUAGUCAUUUGUCAUUAACACCAUUUCAAUUUCGUCCGUCGUGCUCCCCACCAGGCUUUCCCAUUUUAUAUGGCGGGGAAGUUGAAAUCCCCCAUUAAUAUGGCUUCUCCUUUGCUACAAGCAUUUCUAAUGUCAUUGUAUAACAGAUUAUUUUGCUCGGUGUCUGAAUUUGGCGGUCUAUAGCAUGCUCCUAUUAUUUUGCCCUUUUGAAUUUUUGUCCAUUAUUCUGACCCAUAUUGAUUCGGCGUUGUUUUCUUUGUCCAGAUUUAACACCUGGGCUUCAAGACUAUUUCUUAUGUAUAGCGCUACCCCUCCACCUCUUCUGUCCUGCCUGUCUUUCCAAUACAAUGUGUACCCACUAAUAUUAUAUUCGUCUCCAUCACUCUCAGACAACCAAGUUUCUGUAACACCUAUCACAUCGUAGUUACUUGUUAGUGCAGUAGCUUCAAGUUCUAACAUUUUGUUUCUGAGACUUCUAGCAUUUAGAUAAAUACAUUUUGUCUUACCUGAGUUGUUGCCCUUGUUUUGAUGUGGUCUCCCUUCUGUUUUUUUUGUUUUCUCCCCCAUCCUUUCUAGUUUAAAUGCUUCUGAACCUCCUCAAGGAUCCUUUCUCCGAGUAGAUUGGUUCCCUUUUUGUUUAAUGCACUCCGUCUCGCCGGUAUAGAUAGUCCUUGUAGUAGAAUGUGACGUGGUAGCUUGUAAUUGGGCAUCAGAAGCGGGUAAACCAGGGGGGGCCUUGUAUUGUUGAUAUGGUUUUAGGGAAUGUGAAAACCCAUGCAUUAGUGGACACAGGGUGUGAGCAGACCUUCAUGCAGACAACUCUCUUGGGCCGUGUGUCGUGGCAGCCACGAGGCCAGGUGGCUAUCACCUGUAUCCAUAUGGAGACACGGUAGCAUACCCCACAUUAAAAGUAUACUUUAUUAUUAUUAUUAUUAUUAUUAUUAUUAUUAUUAUUUAUUAUUAUUAUUUAUUUCUUAGCAGACGCCCUUAUCCAGGGCGACUUACAAUCGUAAGCAAAUACAUUUCAAGUAUCACAGUACAAGUAAUACUACAAUUAAGAGCUAGAUAAAUACAAUGACUUUGGUUCAAGCAAGUACAAGUGUGACAAAAUACAACUCAAUAAUACAGCAGAUAACAGUGUCAGUGAUAGUUACAUCAGGAUAUGAUUAAAUACGAAAUACUACAGAUUAAACACUUGGCAGAUUACAGUACUCUGAAGUACAGGAUUAAAUGCAGUAAAAUAAGAGUAAGUAAAGCACAUUUAAGGAAGGCUGAUAAGUGUCCCAGGGGAAAAACAGGAGUUCUGCAGGUGCUGUCUGAAGAGGUGAGUCUUAAGGAGGCGCCAGAAUGUGGUCAGGGACUGGGCAGUCCUGACAUCUGUAGGAAGGUCAUUCCACCACUGCGGAGCGAGGGUGGAGAAGGAGCGGGCUCUGGAGGCGUAGAGGAGGUAGAGCCAGUCUUCUAGUGCAGGCGGAGGGGAGAGGUCGAGUGGGGGUGUAGGGAGAGAUGAGGGACUGGAGGUAACUGAGUGCAGUCUGGUCAAGGCAUCUGUAGGCUAGUACAAGAGUCUUGAACUGGAUGCGAAAGGUGAUCGGGAGCCAGUGGAGUGAGCGGAGCAGUGGAGUUGCGUGGGAGAAGUGAGGCAGAGAGAACAGCAGGCGGGCAGCGGAGUUCUGGAUGAGCUGGAGCGGACGGGUGGCUGACGCAGGGAGGCCAGCCAGGAGGGAGUUGCAGUAGUCUAGGCGGGAGAGUACCAGGGCCUGGACCAGGAGCUGGGUGGCGUAGUUGGUGAGGAAGGGUCGGAUUCUUCGGAUGUUGCUCAGGAAGAAUCGGCAAGUGUGUGCCAGAGUGGAGAUGUGCUGGGAAUAAGAGAGGCAGGGGGUCCAGGGUGACUCCGAGGUUCUUAGCGGAGGAAGAGGGAGAGAGUGUGGUAGAUUCCAGAGGAACGGAGAUAGAGAGAUCAGAGGAGGGGGAGGAGGAGGGAAAGAAAAGGAGGUCAGAUUUAGAGAGGUUGAGUUUGAGGUGAUGCGAGUGCAUCCAGGAGGAAAUAGGAGACAGACAGAUAGAGAUACGGGAGGGGAUGGUGGAGUCAGAGGUGGGGAAGGAAAGGAAAAUCUGAGCAUCAUCAGCAUAGAAAUGGUAUGAGAAACCAUAGGAUGCGAUGAGGGGGCCCAGGGAGCGGGUGAGAUGACAGGAGAUGACCCAAGACUGACCCUUGGGGGACUCCUGUUGAGAGAGGGUGAGGUGUGGAGGUUGCUCCACGCCAGGUUACCUGAAAAACAAAUAGACAGAAGGACCGAAAAAUGGGAGGGAGCAUCAAUGAGACGAGACUGUGGUCUGGUGGGAGAACACUCGGAUGGUCACAAACGCCAGUCAAAGGGGGUCGGAACGCACUGUGACCGAGAGGGCGAGGUUACUGGGCCAUCCAGGGCAGAGGCUACUCCAGCCCCUCUCAAUAUACCGGACAUGUGGCAUUCAAACGCGGACAUAGUGUGGGGCCAACAGAACGACCCCUCAUUAGUGCACACUUGGGGACAGAUCCGGUCUAUUGAAGAUCCCAAAGAGAGACAUGCUAUCCCUGAAUCUGAAGCACAGGAGGGGCCAAAGAUAGAAGCAGUUUACACACAAGAGGACUCCUUUGAGCAGGAGUGGUGUGCAAGUCUAAUGCAGGUUACAGAGCUGGCAUUUGUUAAAGAUGAAGAGGUCCCUCAACAGGAAUGUGUUCCUAUUAAAGAGGAAUUCAUAGAGCAGGAAUGUGUCGCAGAGGAACUUCCUAAUGAAAAUAAUGUCUGUACACUUGAGGAGAACAAGAAACUGGGAUCCAACCUGUGUGAUGAUCCUCCAUCUGAAUGUGAACUGGGAUUUAGAGCUUCUAAAGUAGAUGAAGGAGAACACAACUCCAGUCCAUCAACCCAGUGCAAAAACUCUUCUAGAGGCAAACCACAGUGCAAGAAACACAGAGAAACACCACCCCGAGAAGAAAAUGUGAAGACAUUGAGAACUCACUCAGUUAAAAUUCCUUCUUUACAAGACAGACACCCACUUACUGUGGAGAGUACAGAGACAGCACAUUCUGUAUGUUUUAACAAUUCUGAAAUCCAGGGCAACUUGAAUACCUCGCCUCAUUCUGUUAAAGGUGGGAAGAGUUCUUGUCAAUUAGACGUUCCUGAAACUCACAAGGGAAAUCCCACAGGAGGGACUACGUUUUCCUUGGCUGAUUGUGGGAAGAGUUUCAAUCAUAUAUCACUGCUUAAAAGAUACCAGCGCAUUCACACGGGAGAGAGACCUUCCCACAUACAGUACAGUGAUAAGAGUUUCACACAGUUAGGAAAUCUUCAUUCACACCAGCAUAUUCACAUAGGAGAGAAACCUUAUCACUGUGCUGUUUGUGGGAAGAGAUUCAAUCACUCAGGAAACCUUAAACUCCACCAGCGCAUUCACACAGGAGAGAAACCUUAUCACUGUUCUGUUUGUGGGAAGAGAUUCAGUUGGUUAGGAGACCUUAAAAAACACAAGCGCAUUCACACUGGAGAGAAACCUUAUCACUGUGCUGUUUGUGGGAAGAGAUUCAGCCAGUUAGGAAACCUUAAAAGACACCAUAAAAUUCACACAGGUUUGUAAUUCAAUCCUGCACUUAAUGUGAAGAAGUGAAGUCAGUUGCUGGCUCUUACAGGACCCGAGAGCAUUCUCAGAAUUGCAGACACUUGGGGACACCUAAACAACAGGAGUGCAUAUGACUAAAUACAGAAAUAUUUACUGAAAACAAAAGAAUAAACUUGCUUGAUAAAUAGGGUCACCCCUAAUCACAAUUUAUUCAGGUCAAAAACUCAGACAAAAAUAUGAACGACUACAUCUUGUAUUCAUCGUCUUGUUGAGCAUUCGGGUUGUGUUACAUUACAUUAGUAAUAUAUUAAAUAGAUUGUUAUUAUGAAUGAACGUUUGUCUUUCUUUUCUCAUGCAUUUCUCAGCCUCUUGCAGUGUGUUCUGUGGAAACUUCCCCGAUACCGUGGUGAAUCAAGACGCAGCACAGUAUACCGCAGUUAUCAUGCGGGCAGCUUGAAGUGUAAAAUCAAUACUGCUUCCAGCAGGGUGCGCCAGAGAGCUUUUUGAUUUAAUAAAUACGCGCUUCAGUGCUUCAAUGUACAUAUGUGGUCUGGGGACAUCACCCCUCCAGCCGCCCUGUCGUACUUUAAUUGUAAAAAUACUUUCUUUUGAAAGGGAUUUGAGAGCUCUAUAUAGAGAGAGAGUGGAGAGGAGGCAUAUAGUGGGAAACUAUUGUCUGAGGGAAGAACUAUAGUUACCGACGGGACUAGCAUGCCCAAAGCCGCAGGUAACUAUAGUUCUUCCCGAGGGGUUUAGUUUCCCACUAUGAGCCGAGGUCUGCAGCCCAUGUAUGUUUUAUGAAUCAGUCAAGUAACAAAGAUGUAGUUUUAAAUAGUACAUUACCAUUUUUUUGGCGUAGAACUCUCCGUCUGACUUUCUCAUUGCGUCUGUUUGUUUACAUCAUUGUGGAUAUGUUUGGAUUUUAGGGAGUCAGAAAACACUGAAAGCAAGUUUUUAUGAUGAUUUUAGUUUCUGCAGCAUCUUUGUUUUGUAGUAUAUUUUGUAAUUCAUUUUCUGUUGCGUCACAAAAAACGACGUCCAGCUAUGGGUUUGUCCGGCAUUUUGCUGUGUUGUGUGUGCGACAGGAGGAGGCUCGGCGUGAUGCCAUCAUUUUUGGGCUUCAGAAAAAACUAUUGAUCGAAAACCGCGUCACCGGGCAGUAACAUGCCACAAUUCAUAAAUCUGUCCUUAGAUUGUUGCCCUGGAUCUCUGCAACAUAAGUGACAGGAAGGCUGUUCAUAUUAUUGCCACAGCAGCUGCCAGUUUGGGCCAAGAAGUAAGCGAACAUCAACAGAUCUUCGAUUUCAAGGGUAAGAAGACGCCGCCUCUAAUCUGGCAAGUAAUGUGAAAGAGGAUUUUCAGGUGGAUGUGCCUCUCACAGUCCACUGGGAUGGCAAACUGUUGCCCGGCGUGACAGGCAAAGAGACAGUCGACCGUCUUCCAAUUUUGGUGUCCAGGUCUGGAGUCGAUCAGCUCCUUGCAGUGCUGAAGUUGCUGAAUGGGACAGGAGAUGCCACAGCUGCUGCAGUAUAUACACUUAUCGAAGACUGGGGCAUCAAGGAGCACAUUGUGGCAUGGCUAUUGACAUGACUUCUACAAACACAGGUCACAAAUCUGGGGCUUGCAUCUUCUUGGAACAGAAAAUGGGAAGGAGACUGCUCUUCUUCCCAUGUCGCCACCAUGUGCUCGAGGUUGUCCUUGAGAGUCUUCACACUCACACUUGUAGCAUCUUCAGGGCCAGACAUCUAACUCUUCAAGCAGUAGGGCCUCAUUGAUCAAGCCAAGUUUCGGACAGCAUUGGGAAUGGCUUCGAAGAUCACAGAUGACAUGAAAGAAGUUGUUCUCACCUUGAAGAAAUACAACCAAGAGAAGAUUAUUGAGAACUGACCAUCAUCUUCGUGGGUGGUGUGCGUCCUGGAGGAGUUCGCUUCCGAGCUCCAGCAGGACUUCAUAGAGCACGAUGGAUGGCACGCCUGCUGUAUGGCUUCAAGCUCUUCGUGUUCGGUUGGACAAAGGAAGAUGGCGGAUUAUAUUCAAGAUCACAGCAAAAGAGGAGCUUUCUGAUCUUGGAGUGACCAGGAAGCCCAGUGCAUUCGUCAUGCAACAGACUAAAGGCUUCUUCAAUGCCUUGGUUCUCCCUGAAGGCUUCCUCCACAAGGAUCCAGAGGUCUGGCUUCAGGACAGUGACUGUGGAGCUGCCCUGAAAAUUGUCCAGGGAUUGAAGGUGGUCAGUGACGCUGCGGAGAGAGGCGUGGCGUGAGCGCCCACCAGCGCCCGUGUUUUUUUUCAGGCGCUAGCGAUAAUCAUUUUUGCAUCAACAUACUCAAAUCAGUCUUCCGGAUACACAGAAGGAAUUCACUUAUGACCUGGAAGUGAAAAUUGCGUAUAUAUAUUUUUUUAGACAGUUGCCGAGAUGGUUUCAAAAAUUCAUUCCUAUGAAGAAAGCGAUCCAAAAUCAUUCUCGUCUGCCUCAGACAUGGAUUUAGAUGAGCUACAAGUUUUUAAAAAAGUGAAAUAUUGCUGGUAUACCAAACUUAUAAGAAAACUGUAUGAUGCACUGUUUCUAAGUAAUUGAAUCAUAUGCUAAAAACAAUGUAAAGAGGUCCCGAGUGGCGCAUCCAGUAAAGGCGCUCCACGUGGAGUGCAGGAUGCACUCUAUAGCCUGGACAUCGCCGGUUCGAGUCCAGGCUAUUCCUUUGCCGACCGAGGACGGAAGCUUCCAGGGGGCGGUGCAAUUGGCCGAGUGCCGCCCGGGGGGAGAGAGGGUUAGGUCGGCCAGGGUGUCCUCGGCUCACUGCGCACCAGCGACCCCUGUAGUCUGGCCGGGUGCCUGUGGGCUUGCCUGUAAGCUGCCCGAGAGCUGCGUUGUCCUCCGAUGCUGUAGCUCUGGGUGGCUGCAUGGUGCGUCCACAGUGUGAAAAAAAGCGGUUGGCUGACGGCAUACGCUUCGGAGGACAGCUUGUGUUCGUCUUCGCCCUCCCGAGUCAGCGCAGGGGUGGUAGCGGUGAGCUGAGCAUAAUAAAAUAAUUGGCGAUUCCAAAUUGGGAGAAAAUAAUAAAAAUAAUUGGCAAGGACUAAAUUUAUAAAAAAUAAAUAAAUAAAUAAAAAAACAACAAUAUAAAAAUAAGCAAGGCAAUUAGUAUUGGGUAUUAAAUAUCUGUAAUCUGUUUUAUUUGAUUGUGGCUGGAUUGAUUUGCCAGAAGUAGCGGGUUGUGUUGGUUGUAAAUAACACUGUGUACAUGCAAGCUUUGCCUUUUUUCAACAUAGUGUAUGCUGUUGUUUUAUACUGACUUGUAGCCUUGGUAUGUUUCUAUUUGCUGAAGUAAAUAUAAUAUGCAGGUGUUUUUGUUGUAUUUUGUUGUAUAGAAAAAUAUUUUUAUGUGCGAGCUCUGUUUUGUAUGUAUUUCUGUUCGUCUGGGGUAAAUUCAAAUUCAACAAUUUAAAAAAACACAAGCUGCUUUUUAUUUUACAAAAUGGGACCCUGCUUCAGGAAUGUCAUGGAAUGGUGUAAUAAUACAUGUGAACAUUAAUAAAUGUGCCCAAAUAUUGGGUUAGAAAAUAAUGAACCCUCUCUCUCCUCUCUCUCUCUCUCUCUCUCUCUCUCUCUCUCUCUCUCUCUCUCUCUCUCUCUCUCUCUCUCAUGUAAACUUUGUAACUGCAAUAGUAACAUUGUAAAAUUCUUAAAGAAAGACUGAAAAGUAUAACUAGACGAACACAGAGUGUUCUGUGAAAGACUGAAAACUAUAACGACGAACACAGAGAGUGUUCUGUGUUCGUCUAGUUAUACUUUUCAGUCUUUAAGAAUUUUACAAUGUUACUACUGCAGUUACAAAGUUUACAAUGUUGUUAUUAUUGCAGUUCUAGAAAUUCAUAGGUUUAAUAAUCAACUUUUAAUAUUUAAAUUGAAUUGUUGCUAAAUUCAAAAACAGUAUUUCAAAAUAUGAAUACAGCAACCCUUGCAUAGUAUAGGGCUAUAUGUAAAUACUGUUUGUAAAUAGUUUUAAACAGUUUUUACUUUACAAAAACUGUCAAGUUUGGUGUAUUUGAAAGAAUGAUUUUUCCUGUUUUAAAAUAAUAAAAAAAAACUUGUUAUUAUAGA